GUUUCGUUUUCAAAUGGCCACUCUGUAUAACAACGACCCCUCGUAUCUAAAGAUAAUAAUAAAAAAUCGGCUAAACUGUUGGGUUAACAUUUGCCUGCACUUAUUCACCAACACUGAUUAGGUGUACUGAAAACUGUUAAUUGUGUAAUGUUCUUGAUAUAGCAAAGACAUAUUUUAAUUACGCAGUAUAAGCUGGCAUGGGUGAUUGCGCAAUCCCCACGGAUUAUGGGACGGCAGACGUCUUAAGACCUACAGUUUCAGAACGUCGCGUCAUAUGGUCGCAAAUUAUAGCGGUGAAUGUUAACAACAUAAUGGUAUUGGCGAACGGCAUGGUAGCAGGGUAUCCGACCGUUCUCAUACCAAGCUUAUACGACGAAAAGAUAAACUCCCAGUCCAGCGCCAUUACCGAAGACCAAAUAUCGUGGAUAGGUCCGAUCGGGUUUACGUGCGCACUGCUGGGAUGCUUGCUUUCUGGAAUCAUUACACAACCGCUCGGAAGGACGAGGGCUCUAAGGUUGGGGUGCCCGUUUUUAGUAGCGGCUUGGUUGGUGUUCCUGUUCGCCAACGAGAUGUGGCAAAUCUACCUCGCGUUAUGUUUGGGUGGUUUAACCAGUUCAUUGGUCGAAGCGCCUAUCAUAGCGUAUAAAGCGGAGGUAAGUCAACCGCACUUAAGAGGAAUGUUUUCCGGUACAACAUCGCUAUUCUCUGUUAUUGGCGUACUCGUCCAGUUUAUAUUGGGCACAUUCCUGCAUUGGAGAACAGUCGCUGCCAUUUCCAGCUCAUUUCCUCUUCUCACCUUCGUUUUCUUGUUUUUUAUACCGGAAAGUCCGCACUGGUUAAUCAUGCGUGGUAGAAAAGAAACAGCACACAAAAGUUUAGCUUGGCUAAGGGGUUGGACUACGCUGGAUGAAGUCGAAGCAGAAUUUCGAACACUUUGUGGCAGGUGCGAUACAGAACAAGAAGCGGAAGCAUCAAGCAGCAGAGAGGCAGUUCGCGGAAGUAUGUGGAAGAAGUACAUGGAAAAACGAUUUCUUUGGCCGUUAAGCUUGGUGUGUUUUAUUUUCUUUUUGUCGCACUUUAAUGGUAGUUGUACAUUACAAACGUAUGCCGCUAACAUCCUUACUACCAUGGAGGCGCCAGUGGAUCAAUUUUACGCCACUGUCAUGUUGGGUAUUACCGAAGUAGUUGGAUGUUUCUUGAGCUUGUUUGUGGUAAGGUACUGCGGAAAGCGCGUAAUGGGAAUGGCUACACUUUGUGCUGUAGGAAUUUGCGUGGUUGCCGUAGGUGCUUACGCGUUUAUUAUUGAUAUGCCAUACCUCAAGUUGGACGAGGUGUGUGAAACUUUCCUCAUCACUCCGUCUGCGUGGAUUCCAGUAUGCUUAAUAUUACUUCUGUCAUUCAUUGCGCAUACUGGCAUCAGAGUAUUGCCAUGGAUCCUGUUGGGUGAGAUAUUCCCUCAUGAAACGAGAGCCGUCGGUUGUGGUAUUGGGAGCGCGAGUUACUACCUGUUCAUAUUUAUUUCUGACAAGCUCAUCAUCGUAAUGGUUAAUGCAAUGACCAUUUUCGGAGUGUAUCAGCUUUACGCAGCCAUAAGCGUCGUAGGUGCAUUGAUAAUGCACUUUGGACUUCCCGAAACCGAGGGAAAGGAUUUGGACGACGUGAUUGAUCACUUUUCGGAAGUGUCCAAAUUAGACAACCGAGUAAAGAAAAGGGAAUAAAACUAUCGUCACAAAUCUAGCUUAAAAUUAAUACUUAGACUUCUUUUUUUCGAUGAACAACACACUAUGGAAGUUGUGCCUUUACUUUACUUUAAGGUUUUUUGGUCUUAGUAUGGUUGCAAGGAUUGUAAAAUCUGUGAAUUUUUUUACGUGGUUUUCCCUGUAAGAAUAAUCCAUGAUAUGUAAUAAAAGGUUUUUUAUUUGAGAGUGAGGAAUUUUUAACGAAAAAAAUACGUUAUUAUAUUCGUUAUGAAC